AUGAGGUUUCAAAGAUAUUUAAAUGCUUUGAACCCUUCUGGUUUAUUUCAAUCAGUAAAGAGUUUCAAUUAUACUCAACUAUCUAAUACACCAGUAUCUACAAAUAAAUCCAAAAACUUGAUACUAAAAUCUAAAAUCAUCAUAUUAAUAGCUUUGAUAUUCAUUGGUACAAAUGUUUUAUUAACAAAUUUUAUUUUCAAUGUUGAUAAUUAUGGUCAAUAUGUUCAAUCAUUAAAUUCAAUGGAUCUUUAUCUUAAAUUAAAUAAGCGGUUCCAAGGUUAUAAAGAAUUCCUUAAAAUUUUUUCAAUACCCAAUAAUGAAUUAAAUUUAUCAAUAAAUCAAAACAUUGCUCAUAAUGAAUUUAAUCAUAAUUAUUCCUCCACUGCUUUAAUUUCAUACAUUAAUCAUAUUUAUGCAUCCAAAGAACAAGAUCCAAAAGGUCUGCUACUUAAUGAAACAAUAGAUUUUCAUUGGGCAGAUUGGUUAGAUGUUCAACAAGCAACCCCAUUUGUUAAAAUGUAUCCUGAUUUAUUGAAAAGAUUUGGUUCUCAUGAUGCUAUUAAAGAUUAUGUUCAUCAAAUUUGUGAAGUUCCAUUAAAAGAUCUUAGACAACAAUGGGAUGAUUAUGAUUUAUAUGAAGGUAGAACUACGACCCAUGAACAAGUUAUUGGGAUUGAAAUUUGUGGUGCUAUUGAAAAAUAUUAUUAUAAUCCUAUACCGGAACGUAUUAUGCUUGAAACUAAUUAUCAUUAUCAUACUGUUGGUGUUAACCCAGAAAGGUUACAAGAUCCUUUAGGUAAAGAAGGUAAUGCUAAAAGAUUUUAUAAUUCAAAACAUGUUACUGCAACACAGAUCAAUAAUUUCAAACCAAAUGAUCAAAGAAUGGAUUUAUUAAAUGAUUUAAAACAUAAUUAUAUUGGGAAAGGUUAUGAAUUAGAAUCUUUUAAAUUAAAACCAUUUGUUGAUCAAAGUGUUAAAGCUUAUAAAAAACCAAAAGUUAUGACAAUGAUUAAAAAACUAGAACGUAAACAAAAUCGUGAAAAUGUUGAAUUAACUCCAACUGAACAAAAAAGAUUAGAUUUCUUAAAAUAUUCAUGGGAUCAUGUUGGUAUAAAACAACCUUUUUUCUUUACAAGUUUAAGAAUUCAAAUUGAUGUUACAAAUCAUGAAUUAGUUCAUUAUAGUUAUCCAUGGAUGAAAAAAAUCUUAAAUGGUGAAGAAAGAUUAAAAAUUAUUCAUCAUACAAUUAGAUCAUGGUUUAAAUUUGCCGAAAAUGCUCAAGUUAUUUGUUGGUUUAAUUAUGGGAAUUUAUAUGGUUGGUAUUUUAAUUCACAAAAUUUACCAUGGGAUACUGAUUUAGAUGUUCAAAUUUCUAUCCAGGAUCAAGAUCGAUUAGGUCAAUAUUAUAAUAACACACUGGUUAUUGAAAAUCCUGAAUUAGGUGAUCAUUUAUUUUUUUAUCAAACAAAUCCUUGGUAUAUUAAUAAUCAUGAAGGUCAACAUAUUGAUUCUCGUUAUAUUGAGGCAAAAUCUGGUAUUUAUAUUGAUAUUUCUGCCCUUUGGAUUGAUAAAUUACCAGCAGUCUCCAAAUCAUCAGAUCAAGAAGAUCGUAAAGAUGAAGAAAUUAUUAAAUUCCAUUGUAAAAAUAAUAAUUAUUUUGCAUUUGAAGAUAUUUUCCCAUUGAGAAGAACUAUAUUUGAAGGUGCACAAUGUUAUAUACCAAAUAAACCUAAAAAAGUUUUAUGGGAUUUUUAUGGUGCAAAAUGUACAGAUAAAAAAUAUAAUAAAGAUCAUAAUUGGCAAAAAGAUAUUGGGAUGUGGAUUCCAAAUCAAAUUUGUGAAAAUAAAAAAAUUCCUAAAACUGGUGAUAGAUUUGAUGAUAAUGGAGAUUUAACACUUAGUGGGGCAUGUAAUGAUGUAGAAAUUCAAAGAAAUUUCAAAUUAACCCAGGAUCAAUAUGAAAUUCAUAAAAAAGAGUUUGAAAUUGUUGUGGAACAAGAUGGUGGUGAUGCUUCAAGUUUAAGUGAAAAUGAAUUACCAAUUUAUAGAUUUUAUGAUCCAAAAGAAUUUCAAUGA